UUCGCUUUCGCGGCGCUCCGGGCUCCGUUCGCUCCGACUGCGUGCGCGCUUUUUAGUUUUGCUGCGUGUUUUUUUUAGUUGUGCGGUUUAGCGAUGGAGGGAGACGGGAGCAGCCAAGCCACGUCCGGGAGUCCGACUGAUUCGCAACACGACCCAGGUAAAAUGUUUAUCGGUGGCCUCAGCUGGCAAACUUCACCAGACAGCCUUAGAGACUAUUUUAGCAAAUUUGGAGAAAUCCGAGAAUGUAUGGUGAUGAGGGAUCCCACGACCAAGCGCUCCAGGGGAUUCGGGUUUGUUACGUUUGCGGAUGCAGCCAGUGUAGACAAAGUUUUAGGUCAACCUCACCACGAAUUAGACUCAAAGACGAUUGACCCUAAAGUUGCCUUCCCAAGACGUGCUCAACCCAAGAUGGUCACAAGAACAAAGAAAAUAUUUGUAGGCGGAUUAUCAGCGAACACAGUAGUCGAAGAUGUGAAGCAGUAUUUCGAACAGUUUGGCAAGGUAGAGGAUGCCAUGCUUAUGUUUGAUAAAACUACGAAUAGGCAUAGAGGAUUUGGCUUUGUAACUUUCGAGAAUGAGGAUGUGGUGGAGAAAGUCUGUGAGAUUCAUUUUCAUGAAAUCAAUAAUAAAAUGGUAGAAUGUAAGAAGGCUCAACCCAAGGAGGUGAUGUUUCCCCCAGGGACACGAGGGCGAGCCAGGGGUCUACCCUACACCAUGGAUGCCUUCAUGCUCGGAAUGGGAAUGCUGAGUUACCCAAACAUUGUAGCGACGUAUGGCCGUGGAUACACUGGCUUCGCCCCAAGCUACAGCUACCAAUUCCCUGGCUUUCCUGCGGCAGCGUAUGGUCCGAUGGCAGCGGCAGCAGUGGCAGCAGCGCGUGGUUCAGGCUUCCCCGAUUACGGUUUCUAUUCCACGACAAGUGACCAACGGGGGCCCCCCUUCUCCUUUGCGGACUAUGGCUCCCUAGGCCCACAGGCGGCUCAGCUGCUUCAAAGCGAGCAUGCCACCUCGGCCUGCAACUCCCCCCUGCAGCACCUGCCCAGCCCGGAUCAGUAUAAGAGCCCAGGCACCAACCCUCCACGGCCUGGAACUUUUCCGGGAGCGAGCAGUCCAGGACCCGUGGCUGACCUGUAUGGCCCCACCAACCAGGACUCCGGCGUGGGCAAUUAUAUAAGCGCUGCUAGCCCUCAACCUGGCUCUGGCUUCGGCCACAGUAUUGCUGUAACGGCCAUACAACUCCAAGCACUACAGCGUGGAACAGACCAGGACGAGCUGAGAUGGCAGGACGUGAAGAACAAAAGAAAUGUCUGAAUCAUUUCAGAAAAAAAAAACAACAACAACAUUAAUCUGCUGUACUAUAAUGAAAACCUGGCUUUUGGAUUUUUUUUUUCUCCUAAUGUAUCCCCAUAAUCUAGGAUGAUGUUGUCGUUUUGUCCUUUUUCAUUUCUUUUCCCCGGUUUUCACUGAAGUUGUUUCUUUAACAUAUUUUAUCAUAUAGUCUGAAGCAGCCUUUGAGGUUGACUAGUUUUGAAAUAUUUUCCUUGUAUACUAUGUUCUCUGAUGAGAAGAACUAUGUAAAUGUACAUUUUUCUCUCUUUUUUAGUGUAAUAACAUCACUAUAGUUGUCUCUUCACUCUUGGCUCUUUGUAAUAAUACCCAGUGUUUCAUGUUUUCAGAUUUCAUUUCAUUCAAGCAAGAAAACUAAAGGACUUGCUUCAAAAAUCAUGAUUUUUCAACCUUUAAAAGAGCAACAAAAGGGUAACUAACAAAUUGAAGUAGCUCUGUUCUUCGUUUCGUGUAAUGUCUUGUUAUCAUUAUUAUCUAUUUUGGGCAAUAAGAGGACUACAAUAUUUUCACAGUCCUUUUUUAUAAAUGUUUUUUUUUUGUUGUUGUUGUCGUUGUCGAAAAAAGAAAAAAAUACAUUUCCUUUUAAUACUUUGUGAAAUGAGAUUUAAAAAGAAAAAAAACGUUACGGAAUCUGUAAAUAUUACUCAUUACUACAUUGAACCAUCUCAGAGAGAACCAUAUUUUUGUGAUGGUGUUCUAGAGGUUGUACUGUGCUCAAUCUGAAAUAUGUUUAAAAGAGAAAAAAGAUCUUUCAGGCUCGGUGCGGUAACUGAAAUCCAUUUGUAGCACAAAAGCCGUGAGAACCCGACUGCAGAUACAAGCCCAAUAAAACACUGUUAGCUCGCUCUGUAAAUACUGUUGGCUUUCUAACUGUGCAGGUAGCAAACCAGCAUAUUGACUAGAUAGUGAGAUCAGAUGUGCACAGCUUUCACAGAGAAAAUACUUUACAGCAAACACACAAAUCAGCAUUGUAUAAACAAAAUCAAACUGAAAUCCAAAGCACAUGUUUGUUUCAUGUUUUUUUUAAGUACCAGUGAUGAAAUUAGAGAUUUUCUAAGAAGUAAACUGUGUUUUGUUUUGUUUUUUCCUUCUCACUUUUUUUUUGUUUUAUUUUUUUUUUCCCGUAGUCCGAAAAAAUAGUACACAGAACGCCUGAUUUUGGAAACACAAGGCAAUAUUUCAAGAUUUUUAGUCAUUUCUGACUUGAUCAAUUAGGAACUGUUUUUGCACCAUUACCUCAGUCCUGUGGGAUGUACUUUAGAGGACGUAACAAAUUAAUUUAUUUUAUCGUGAGACAAAAUAAAAAAGAUUGUCUUGAAAUUAAAAUGAAUCAUUGCACUGUGAGAAAGAGUUUAUUAUUUUCUAUUUGCACAUGUUAAAGGAUGUUCUCUACCGUGGGUCAUAUGAAGGAUUCAUAUGGAAACGUUGUCCCUGCACGGUUGCAGUCUUUACAGCUGUGUUUGUGGAAGAAUUUUUUUUUUUUCCGGGCAUUUUAUUUUUGUGCUUCUGAUCUGCCAACGUUACAGCUGAGUUUAUUGGUAGCAAUAGUUGAAAUCCUCCGAUACACUGAAACUGAAUGAAAUCAGUAGCUGCUACACAUAUAUGAUGUACAUGUCGGAUCUGACGAGACCGAAAUGAUGCUAAAAUAUAUGCUGAGUGAAAUAAGAAUGAUAUUUAAGAGUGUAACCUGACUGAUACAGUAUGCUGUUGUUCAUCCUUGCUGCAAAUGUGUUUUAUUUUCAUUUUUCUCCCUUUUUUCACAAUUUUACUGAACUGACACAUGAUUCGAAAAUGCUGAAUCCUAUUUUUUUGUACAUCUCUGGUAAAAAAAAGGAAUAAGUACAAGCAAAGCAGAGAGACGGCUUCCUGCUAACUGUUCAAACGAUUUGAAAAGACAAAACUACUCAAAACAGCGUGAUCCCCAACACGGUUUGAAUAUCCACGGGGGAUUUUUAUUGCUAUUUUUGUGGAAGUGAAUGACUAUGUUAAAUAUGUUGCUGACUAUAUUACGGUUACUAUGUACUGUAUUUAUCAUUUGAUGAUCUCUCCAUUCCCUGUCACAUCAUCCAGUAAUCUUCUGUUGAUCAUUGUAUUUCAGUAGUGUGUAAAAAAAAAAAAAGAGGAAAAAAAAAGAAAUUACCUUGUAAAAGAGUGCUGUCUUUGAUGCCAGUGUAGUGAUCUGUACAUUUCUCUGUCAAUCCGUUUCACUCCUUUUGUCUUCUUGCUCUUUCGCUAUAUCUCUGUCUCACUCUCUCUUAGUGAAUAGUCAUAGAUGUUAUGUAAUCAACGUUACAGUAGAGCUGUAGUGAUUAUUAGAUUUAGGACCAGUAAGGAUAGAACUUUCUCUUGAUAAUCAUUUAAACAAACAAACAAAAAAAUGUUGAACAUUGUUUUCAUGGUGUUUUUCACCUUUACUUUGUCUUUUUGUGUUCAUUGGUUUUUUGUGUUUUGUUUUUUUCUGAUUCUCACAUGGUUUCAACUAACCAAAGCUCUCAUGAAACUGAAAUCCAGAAGAAAAGAAAUUGGUGUAAGACAGAGUUGUAAACAAGGCAUUAAUUGGAUCCCCACCCUUGAAUGUUUGAUAAGGGGUGUGCCAUACUACCUUAAAUGCUAACGCUUGAUAUGCAAAACUGUUUUGUUUUCUUUCUUUUUUUAAGAGGGACGCAAUUUAUAAUUAUGGAAAGGAUUUUAUUACAUGAAUGGGAAAAAAAAUCAUAUUUUUUUAGUACGUUCUACCUGAGUAAUGAUGAUCUAGCCUAAUAAUUAUAGAUACGGAUAAAACUGUAAUAGGUUUUGAUAUUUAUACUCUUCAACAGAU